UGCCAGGGGUAUCAUUUGGGCUCAGUGCCUGCACAGCUCCAGCAUUCUUGGUGGCCAUUUUUUUUGAUAUGUGGUGAAAGACAGAAAGAAGGGGAGACAUCUGCAGCAUUGCCCUGUCACUCGUGAAGCUUCCCCUUUGCACUUGGGGACUGGGAACCUGGGUCUCUGUGCAUGGUGAACUGUGUCCUCUCCUAGGUCCCCUCUUGCUGCUUGCUACACAUCUGCAAGGCUAUGAUGGGAAGAAAUGUGAAAACUUGGAGGUUUCACCUGACUCAUUGCUUUUGCCUGGAAGAUCAGCCUUUGGAAACAGGAAAACUGUUCCACGUUGCGGUGGACCCCAAGGGACAAAAAGCAUUGUAGAAAGCAAUGGAUGAGAACAACUCAGGGAACCCCAGACACAUCUAUCCUGUGGCCUAAUCUAGGGAUGCCCUUCUGUGGGCCACUAGCAUUCGGGUAUGUGGCCAGUUCUGGAUUUGCAGCUGAUUGCUGAGUGAGGAUGAUUCGCCGGGGACUGCUGUCGUGGGUCUCGAGGGUGGCAGUGCUGCUCGUUCUCCUUUGCUGUGUCAUCUCCGUCCUCUACUUGCUGGCCUGCACCCCAAAAGGCAACGAGGAGCAGCUGGGACUUCCCUGGGCCAAUGGCCCCACAGGGAAAGAAGGGUACCAGGCUGUCCUGCAGGAGUGGGAAGAGCAGCACCGCAACUAUAUCAGCAGCCUCAAGCGGCAGAUCUCGCAGCUCAAAGAGGAGCUGCAGGAGAGGAGCACGCAACUCAAGAAUGCGCAGCAACAGGCCAGUGACCCUGCGGGCCUGGAUCCAGGCCCCCCGGAGAAGACCCAGGCCGACCUGCUGGCCUUCUUGCACUCCCAGGUGGAGAGGGCGGAGGUGCAUGCCGGUGUCAAGCUGGCCACUGAGUAUGCAGCCGUGCCUUUCGACAGUUUCACCCUGCAGAAAGUGUACCAAUUAGAGACUGGCCUGACUCGCCACCCCGAGGAAAAGCCAGUGAGGAAAGAUAAGCGGGAUGAACUGGUGGAAGCCAUUGAAUCUGCUCUGGAGACCUUGAACAGCCCGGAGGAGAGCAGCCCCCAUCACCGUCCUUACACCUCUUCGGAUUUCAUAGAAGGGAUCUACCGAACGGAAAAGGAUAAAGGCACUUUGUAUGAGCUCACAUUCAAAGGGGACCACAAGCAUGAAUUCAGAAGACUUAUCUUGUUUCGACCUUUUGGCCCCAUCAUGAAAGUGAAAAAAGAACGACUCAACAUGGCCAAUACACUUAUCAACGUGAUCGUGCCGCUAGCAAAGAGAGUGGACAAGUUCCGGCAGUUCAUGCAGAAUUUCAGGGAGAUGUGCAUCCAACAGGAUGGGAGAAUCCAUCUCACCGUUGUCUACUUUGGGAAAGAAGAGAUGAAUGAAGUCAAAGGAAUACUUGAAAACACUUCCAAAGAAUGCAUGUUCUUUAUCUUCCUGAAGGCGGAGGAGGAGGAGAGGGAGAUAGGGUUGCUUCAGAUGCUGAUUAAAUACAAGAAGUGCGGGGAUUGGUUCAUCAGGAGAAAAAUGGUGGCAUUAUCAUGUAAAGAUGGACUCAGAACUGAGCACAAGAACCUGGCAGCUACGCAGAUAAGUGACAAAAUGGACUGUAGGCCAUUCAAGGCAGAGAAUCUGACAAUUCCUUCAGUGAAGCUUAUUCAGAAACUGCAUUCGUCUUCCCUUGAUGAAAGUUGCAUACUGGUGUUCAAAUAUAAAAUAAUGGAAGUCUUCUUCGAGGAGGUACCUGAAUUAUGGGCAGACACAGCCUGGGUCAUAAAGAAGGAGACUGGGUUCUGGAGAGACUUUGGAUUUGGAAUGACUUGUCAGUAUCGCUCAGACUUCAUUAAUAUAGGUGGAUUUGACCUAGACAUCAAAGGCUGGGGAGGCGAGGACGUGCACCUCUACCGCAAAUACCUGCACAGCAACCUCAUAGUGGUGCGGACCCCGGUGCGGGGCCUCUUCCACCUAUGGCAUGAGAAGCGCUGUGUGGAUGAGCUGACGCCCGAGCAGUACAGGAUGUGCAUGCAGUCCAAGGCCAUGAACGAGGCCUCCCACGGGCAGCUGGGCAUGUUGGUCUUUCGGCACGAGAUAGAGGCCCACCUUCGCAAACAGAAACAGAAGACAAAUAGCAAGAAGACAUGAACUCCCAGGGGCCAAUUUGGGGAGAUGUUUUCUUCUUGUUAUUCUUUUUCCUUUUGCAAAGACUGUAUGAACAGCUGCAACAAGGAAAAGUUGUCUAUCAAGGGCAAAAUUUACAAAAAAAAAAAAAAAGAAUUUGAUUGCUUAGUAAUGGAGAUGAGAGGAGAGAGAGAACGUCCCACUUUACUCUGCAUCUUUGGCUUUCUGCAACAGGAGUUUAGAGGGGGAAAAAAAUCUCUCACUUUGCCUGCAACAAGGAGCCAAAUGUACCCCGUGUGCUGUCUGACAAUAGCAGAAUCCUGAGUCCGAAGUUAUAAACCUCAGGAGAUGGAGGUUUGAUGGUGUUUACGACACAGUGAGAUCUGUUGCUUUCUAUGCUCAUUGAAAUAUUCAUGAAUUAAGACCAGCUUUGCAAAAAGUUCAUUAAGAUGAAAAGCAAGCACAUCUCUCCCCAGAUGAAUGAUUCUGUCAGUAGGGCUUUAGAGUCUAGGAAUGCUGAAAACCCAGAAGGUAGAUGAGGAGAGUGGGUGAAAUGAGAACAUACCUGCAUUGCCAUCCUUUUAUGAGUUUAUUAAGCAAAGCCAAAUGGAUUAAAAUGCUAAAGAAGCCCUUUCAUUAUAUUAUUUCCCCCGUAAUUAGCCAGACAUAAUCUGCUCAUCUUUUGUUUUAGAUUUAACUAUUUCCUUUUGUUAAUUUUAUUUUGAAGUGCACUUUCUUUAUGCUUUUGAGUUAUACCCUGUUCAUUCAUACCAAUUUGUAAGCCUUACUAAGAGAGCACAAGCUAGCAGAUUAUUUUAAUGUUUUUAAAGAAAAUGCUUUUAGAUGCAUUAUGAGAACAUAACAGGUCAGAUGGAGACCUCUAUCCCAGGACAUGUCAUGUGCAGGACCAGCUUCAGGGACAUCUUGUCAGACCCUCAUGUGGGGCUACUGACAGAUCAAGACACAGAUAUUUUACCUGAAGAGGAUUUCCAAAGAGGAAACACUGGAAGGGAACUAUACAGACUUUCUUACCUUAAUAGAAAAGGAGACUCGUUCAGACUGGGGAUGUCUGUAUUUAUACAAAAGUCAGAAAACACAUUUUCUCCCCCCAGGAGGAUGGAGGACCACUUUCAUAUCGAUUCAAAUAAACCAAAGUCAACUGUGUAAACCAGUCUCUUUUUUCAAAGCAGGUGCUCGUCCUGGUUUCUGGCUCCCAUGAAGUGUAGAAAACUAUAUUUUGUGAGGAACCAUUCCACCUGCCAGAGUCCAGUGGGAUAAAAGAUUUUGCUAUGUGUCUACUCAUCCCAAACUAGGGAGAAAUAGCAUCACUAUUUUUAAAGAAGUUUCACUCAGUCACCAAGAUGCUUCUGCAAAUGGCAUUUUACUGAAAUUUCCAACUAUUAGGAAAAAAAAAAAAUCCAGCUACCACGAACUGGCUUCUGCAUUCAUGUGAAAAGUAUUUAUUUAUUAGCCAGCACCAGAUGCACAAGCAGCUCAUUAUCUCUCUCUGAUUUCUUGCAUUCUGUUUGCCCACAACCCAUUGUUUAAAAGCUUCAAGAACACUCAAGCUGUUGGUGUAUUUAAAAAAAAAAUUAUAUGGGUAGUUCAUAAAAUCUAAAACACAGGACAUGACUGGAAAGGGACAUCGGACAGCUAAUAAAAUCUGAUUUGUGGAUAUGA